AUGCUCAUUAAAGAAAUAAACCGCCAAAGCUCUGCAGACGUAGAAGAAAAAGACUCUUCGAUUGUCUGCUCAAUCUGCAAAACAGAUAGCAAAAUCGUGGCGAGAAGAAACACCAAGUGGCUAACGCUUUGUUUUUUGGAGGUGCUAGAAAUUAAAAAAUAUUCGGCGUAUGCUGCAUGCUCAAACUGUCUAAAUGCACUGCCAGAUGGAUAUGGCGUGUGCGAAGAGUGCAGACACCUCACACAGCAAAACAGGGCGCGCUGCGAAAAUUGCAGUAAAAAAGCCCCAGAGAUUGAGGAUGCUUAG